ACUGAGGUGGAGGCUGCACUCUCCGACAGCCAUGGGGCCCUGGCGCUGCCUGCUCCUCCUGCCUCUCCUCGCCACGGCCCUCUGCUCCCAGCAGCAAUUCAUGGAGUACAUGGAGCGGCGCCUCACCCUCCUGGAGGAGAGGAUCUCCCAGUGGCACGACCAGAGCAGCCGCUACUCCACGGAGCUGCGGGACUUCAAGAACCAGGUGCUGGGGAUGCUCGAGACAGCAGAGAAGGAGCGGGAGGCAAUGCGGUCGGAGGCAGAGAACGCAGCGGUGCGUGUGGACCGCCUGGAGCGUGAGGUGGACUACCUGGAGACACAGAACCCCGCACCGCCCUGCGUGGAGGUGGAUGAGACGCUGAUGGAGAAGCAGGUGGCCACAGCCAAGCAGAGGAAGAACGAGAAGUACACCAAACUGACAGACUGCAGCGACACCAUCGCAAGCAUCAGAGCCAUGAAGAUCCUGAAGCGUUUUGGCAGCACCUCAGGACUCUGGACCAAGGAUGCCGCAGGGAACUCAGAGAAGAUCUACGUCUUCGAUGGCACUGCCAAUGACACGGUCUACGUCUUUCCCCGCAUGCGGGAGUUCACCCUCUACUCCUCCACCCGCAAGGCCGCCCGCAUCAAGCUGCCCUACCCCUGGGUGGGCACCGGGCACCUUGUCUAUGAUGGGCACCUCUACUACAUCCGCCAGCAGGGCCCCUUCCAGGUGAUCAAGUUCAACCUGGCCAACAAGACGGUGGUAGACAGCUCGGUGUUCCCAGCCGAGGAGCAAAUCCCCGUCUUUGGGCUCUCCCCCUUCACCUACAUCGAGGUGGCGGCAGACGAGGAGGGGCUCUGGGCCAUCUACGCCACCAAGGAGGACGAGAAGAACAUAUGCCUGGCUAAGCUGGACCCCACCUCGCUGGACAUUGAGCAGAUGUGGGACACGCCGUGCCCACGGGAGAAUGCCGAGGGUGCUUUUGUGGUGUGUGGGGCACUGCAUGUGGUCUACAACACCCCCCUGCCCAGCCGCUCCCGUGUGCAGUGUGUCUUCGACGUCAGUGGCACGCUGGCCCCCGAGGAUGCCUCCCUUGUCUACUUCCCCAAACGCUAUGGCUCCCACUCUGGCAUGAAGUACAGCCCCCGGGAGAGGCAGAUCUACGCCUGGGAUGAUGGCUACCAGAUCAUCUACCGCAUGGAGAUGAAGAAGAAGCUGGAGGUCUGAGGGGCAGGGCAGGGUGUCCCCGCACGUCCAGCUACUUCACCCAGACCAGCGUGGCUCUGCCCAUCCCACCCCACGGGGCACAGCUGGCCCCGGCGUGGGAUGGCAUCUCUGCAUCUCCCACCACUGUGAAAUGAUGAAAUGCUGGACCCCUGCCCCCUCCACCCACCGGCACCAGGCAUCCCUGCCCAGGACCACCCUGCAGAAACCUGGACUAAUUUAACAAGGUUUUUCUUCUCUGUAAUAUAACAAAUAAAUACUAUGCAGCGAGCUGCAGCUGCCUGCUUGGGGGGGAGCGUGGGGUGCUGGGGCCAGGUUGUCAGAACCACAAGCUCCACAUUGCCCCAGAGUCACCCCAAAAGAAAGACACUUCCUGAGGGUGGGGUGGCCUGAGCAGACAGCACAGGUGGCUCCUUGAGCUGGGGUCUGGGCAACAGGGGCUGGGCUGGGGGUUUGGGUUUGAUUUCACCUGGGCUUCGAGCUGGCUCCUGCUGCACAAUGGGACCUCAGAGCCUGGCCAGAGCCAGCCUGCUUUGCAUGUACAAAACUGUGAGCAAAUAGCAAAAUCCCUUAAUCUGAGAGGACAACUGGAGAUUUUCCUCGCAUGCCGGGAAGGCAGCCUAGCCAGCAGGCACCAGAUGUUGCUGAUUUUCUGAGUUCACAUCUGAUGAAGCACAGCCAUCUUCCCCUGCAGCCACAGUGUUGCCACAAACCCCUUUCCGUAGGGCCCUGGGUCCCCCCAGCCCCUUCCCAUCCCUGUGUCACAGCCCCACGGCUGCAGCCCCACGGCUAUGGGACAGGACAGGGCAGGUGCUGGGAGCCCUCAAGACCCCAUCCCCAAUUGCUGGCCAUGGGCACAGCCCUGUGUGACCACCACACUGUGUCACCCAGCGGUGACCUUCCCACAUGUGCCACUUGCCCCACAUCCCUGGAGGGUGCGGGAUUUUCCCCAUUUCUGGCCAGAGAUGCCGUGGGGCCCCCCAGAAACCCAGAUUUGCUGUGGUUUGUUCCUGUCACAGCGCCCUGGGAGCAGAGAGAGAGAAUUGUGAGGUGUUUCUGUGUUGUUAAGCAUCCUUUUUCCCAUCAGAGACCAAUUCUGGGGACAAACGCUGAGCUGGUGAGGCCAGGGGGUCACAUCCUGCUGGUGCUGGCUCAGGGCCCCCCUCCCAGGUAAGAGGACCCAGGGCUACCAGGGGGCUCCCAGGGCCACCUGCCCUCCCAGAGCUGUGGCAUGGCCGUGCCACCCCCACGCUGACACAAAGCCAUUCCACAUCCCCCCGCGGCCACCUCGAGACAAGAUGUCCUGCCACGUGGAGGUGACUUGGUAUUUGCUUCAAGUUCUUCUGUAUUAUAAUUAAAAUAUCUUUUGGUUGCUUAAGAAAAAAUGUUUAAAUACACACUUUGAAUGACUGUAA